UGAGCUGCUUUUUGAGUUUAGUAAAUGACUGCAGCAAGAAAUACUGUGAAGCUGCUAGGGUUUAUGAGCGCCUUUUGUGCAAUGGCACAGACUCUGUGUGCUAAAACAUUCAUGUUUUGCCAUUUAUCACGGGGAUUUUAGGGAAACGUUGAAAGCGAAAAUGAGCAGCGUCUCGUAACUGGACCAGACAAUGGAAGUAGCGUCAUGCAGCAGUAACAAUUCACCCCUGGGAAACGAGUCCGUGCUGAAUAAGACUACCUGCAGGAGCACAUCGGUCAGAGGUAGCUAAACCUAGCGUGUGGCUUCAAAGCGACACAUUUUCCCAUUGGGAUGCGUAUGAAAAGAGCCUCGGAGGUACAGAGAAGACGCGCGUGUACAGAUUUCCUUUGACUUUGGUGGCAUUCCGACGCUGCGAGGAGAUCGCGUGUAGUUGCGUUUGUUGGAAAUCGCUCGCGCAUAUCGCCUGAUGUGUUUUGGGAUGAAUAUAUUUGCCGACUGCACAUCUAAAGCUGUUAUGGAUCGCUGGGAAUGAACAGCUGAAAUUGAUCUCAUCGAGUUCCAUUCACAGCACCGUUGCCACCUGAAAUCCCGCAGCCCGCUCGAGUCUCUGUCCGUGGUCCUGACACGGAGCUCGGCUUCACCUGAACAGCCUUUGUCGGGAAAAACAUGAUCAGCUCGUCUGUACGAUCCUGAGAUUUCUGUGGCCUUUUUUGUGGAAUCGGAAACGAGCAAAGGACGAAUCGUUCACCUCAGAAGUGAGUGGAGAGGGAUUUGUAGGGCGCACUGAGCUGUAGCUAACUACAUCCACUCAAAUCCGACACGAUGUUCGCACUCGGGAUUUAUUUGUGGGAAACUAUUGUAUUUUUCAGCUUGGCAGCGUCCCAACAGGCAGCAGCACGGAAAGCUGCCUCUCCCAUGCCCCCGUCAGAAUUCCUGGACAAGCUUAUGGGAAAAGUGUCUGGUUACGAUGCAAGAAUCAGACCUAAUUUUAAAGACCCACAAGGCUCCAAAUCGGAUGGUACUCACAAGAAAGGUCCACCUGUGAACGUAACAUGCAACAUUUUUAUUAACAGUUUUGGAUCCAUUGCUGAAACAACAAUGGAUUACAGAGUGAACAUUUUUCUAAGACAGCAGUGGAAUGACCCUCGGCUGGCUUACAGCGAGUAUCCUGAUGACUCCCUUGACCUUGAUCCCUCUAUGUUGGACUCCAUUUGGAAACCCGAUUUGUUCUUUGCCAAUGAAAAGGGCGCCAAUUUCCAUGAGGUCACCACUGACAACAAGCUUUUGAGGAUUUCAAAAAAUGGGAAUGUCUUAUACAGUAUAAGAAUAACACUGAUUCUGGCCUGUCCCAUGGACCUGAAGAAUUUCCCUAUGGAUGUGCAGACCUGUAUAAUGCAGUUGGAGAGCUUCGGCUAUACCAUGAAUGAUCUUAUAUUCGAGUGGGAUGAGAAAGGAGCUGUGCAGGUGGCAGAUGGACUGACGUUACCUCAGUUCAUACUGAAAGAAGAAAAGGAUUUGCGUUAUUGUACCAAGCACUAUAACACAGGGAAGUUCACCUGUAUAGAGGCCCGUUUCCACCUGGAGAGACAGAUGGGUUAUUAUCUGAUCCAGAUGUACAUUCCCAGUCUCCUGAUUGUUAUUUUGUCUUGGGUCUCUUUCUGGAUCAACAUGGACGCCGCCCCUGCCCGUGUAGGUUUGGGCAUCACUACUGUGCUGACCAUGACCACUCAGAGUUCAGGAUCUAGAGCCUCUCUUCCUAAGGUGUCCUACGUGAAAGCCAUUGACAUUUGGAUGGCCGUCUGCCUACUCUUCGUCUUCUCCGCCCUGCUGGAGUACGCCGCUGUCAACUUCAUCGCACGCCAACACAAAGAGCUGCUGCGCUUCCAGAGAAGAAGAAGACAUCUUAAGGAGGACGAGGCAGGAGACGGCCGAUUCAGCUUCGCGGCCUACGGCAUGGGCCCGGCGUGCCUGCAGGCCAAAGAUGGCAUGGCCAUUAAGGGGAACAACAACAACGCGCCCACCUCCGCCAACCCCCCUGAGAAAACCGUGGAGGAGAUGCGCAAGCUCUUCAUCAGCCGCGCCAAACGGAUCGACACCGUGUCGCGCGUGGCCUUUCCGCUGGUCUUCCUCAUUUUUAACAUUUUCUACUGGAUCAUUUACAAGAUCAUACGCAGCGAGGAUGUUCACAAGCAGUAAGAAGAGAUCCGAAUAUCCCCGUCUCCACGCUCACACUCCCCAUCUUUCUGCGCCCGCCUUUAUCUCAGUGCAGCGCUCACUUGCUUCCGGUGAUGAUGAGCCCCCGGCAGAGGUAUUUAUGAAUAUUUUUCGUCUCUUUCUCUCCUGCCCCCCCAUGAAUAAUCCGGACCUGUGCAAUAGCAAUGCAGUAAAAUGCAUGAUAUAUGAAUGUGGCAAUAUAUUUACUAAAAAAAAUUCAAAACGACUGAAGUAAAUAUGAAACUUUUUGCAAAACGUCUCUAAGAACUUCGAAACCGACGACUGGGAAUCCCAGAGGAGGAAAACUUUUUUUGCAACUUGAAGACGUACUGCAUUGGGAGAAUAUGGAGAAUCGUUACAGCUGUGUAAUAUAUAUCAUAUAUAUUUAAAUUAUAAUACUUCCAUGAGAACGCCUUUGAAAGUUGAACGUAUUUUGAGAUCGCAAGGCAGUUCGGGCUUCCAUGAAAACAGGAGGAAAAUGUGGCGGGUCCUGUAGACCCAGAUUUGCAUUUGAUGUGUGUAUUACAAGCACUUGUCAGAACUGUCCCGAUGUUUAACUCUGAUAUGAAUUACUAAUGGAGUGCCAGUCAAAACAAUUAUUUAUUCGAGUUGUGGUCAAUGUGUUCCUCUAUCUGUGCUCAUUUUUUGUUCAUGUGCCAAACAUCAUGUUGCUGUAAUACAUCUUAUUUUCAGGUCUCCGAGAGGUCUCAAUCGCAUUUUUCAUCUGUUUACAUUUUCAAAGGACUGUGAAAUAUUAAAAGCUAAAACGAACUUGCUAAGGUGUGUGAAGGAAACAUAUAUACACAUACAGUAUAUAUUUAUGUAUAUGUAUGUUUUGGCAAAUUCGACCCACUCAGAAUGCCCCAGAAAUGGACACGGAUAAAAGCUGAGAUCUUUCAUAACUCAUACUAUUUCAUACAGCUGAAAGUGUUAUUUUUAUAAGCUUGGUAAAUAAGCAGUACAAGCCAGUGCCAUGAUAAAACUACAACUAUAUUUCAAACCAAAUGUAUAUUACAGUGAUUUUUCAAACUAUACUAUGUAUGUUGUGCAGCAAAGGUAAUAAGUGCACAAAGGUUUAGUUUAUGAAAUUUAAAAUGCAUCUUCAUCUGGCUUCUCUAUGCAAUAAUCAUAUAUGCAAUUAUUUUAAGUGUUUAUCAUGGUAAAUAUGGAGAUUUUAUUCCGAGGGCCCACAAAGACUUUAUCCCGUAUCUUCUAUUCAUCCUUGAUCAUGGCUAUAAAACAGCAUUGGGAAACUUGUCUAUGCAUGGCAAGGCUUUUUUGUGCUAUACAGAUGAUAUAGAUGUCAUUUUUCACUUUUGUAAUGUUUCGUUUGACUGCUGGUAUGAAGAGAUCCACUGAUUUAAAACAUGAACAUGGUGUCCAGGGCUUAACAGGCUGUGUGAUAGAUGAUAGAUGCUUUCUGUAGGAUAUGCAAGUUUGUACCAUGCGUAACAUCAUUUGUUUUUUCAAACCAAAGAGUCAUUUUGUCAUAGCCUGUAUUUAUAACUAUAACUAUGCUUUUGACAUUUAAUUUCCUGUUUUCACUUCAGUCCUGGAAACAGACAUUUUCAGUUUUGUUCAAUUGUAAAAUCUGUAAUGUUUUAAAACGAUACUUUAUUUCAUUUUUUUUCUUCAGGUCCCUUUAUAUUUAGACAUUUUGUUACAUAGGAUAGUCUUGACUGGGCAACACAUUACCAAGAAAUACAAAAAAAGUCUAAUUAAUGGUAUAAUAAUGUUUUGGUCUUAAUAAAUAUAUGAGAUAUUUUCACAUUUUGAAAUAACUUAUUGUUUAUUUAAAUGAUCUGGCAUCAUGACAUCAUUCGAAGGGCUAUUUUUGAUUAUCAAUGUCAAAUCCUCUUCUCCUGUAUCAAUAUGAUAUUCACAUACAUAUGUAUAUGUGUUCGUAAAACUGGUUUAUCCCCCAACAUGGCGGGAAUUCCAUUAAAACACCGGAUUAUCAGAAUUAUAUUUAGGACUCAAACCAAAAUCAUUAGUAAUUCAAAGAGGAACAUUGUAAACCAACAGCAGCACAAUGUAGCAAGGUUACAUAUCAUUUGAAUUUUGUUGACAGGAUCUAUUUGUGACAUUCCUCAUAAUCUUAAUUAUGAUUAGUUCACGUAGUCACCAGACUAGUCUUUCUUAAACUGGUUUACGCUCCAUCCGUGAGACUGAUAGAGGCAUACGAUGUAUAAUAUACAUCACAAUGUACAGUGUGGAAAGUGAUCGAGAUGCUUUUGAUGUGCUCAUUUUUGAUGCAGGCUCUGAAAUGGGACAAUUCAAAUAUGUAGUCAAAAACACAUUUAAAGAAGAUUUGUAGAAAUAUUGUUCAGCUUAAUGUUGCCGUUAAUGACAGAUUUCUUUAUCGACAAACCCUGCUUAAGGCUAUUUCUGAUACUGCUCUCUGUGUAAAUGACAACAGUUUUGCCCUCACACACCCAACGUGCUAAACGCAAUAUAAAAGACGCGAACAUCUGAGAUUAAUCCUGGCUUGGGAAUACAAGGGCAAUGUGAUGUGAAAUGUGUUCUGUAUACAAAACAGGUUUUUUUUCUUUGGCCUGAGAAUCAUGCAAAUGUCAUUUUAUUGUCCAUAUGAUUUCAGUCAAUCGAAAUUAUUGAGGCAUGAUAUUGUUUUUGGCUUUCGCAUUUAUUUCUUUAACCCCUUUGUUGUUUUGAACAAUGACACAAUGCGUACUUUAUAUUGUAAUCGCCCAUGAACCGAUGAUGUCAGAGUGACAGUGGGCAUGGUGAUCUGAUGUAAGCAAUGUAUGCAAAACUGUGGGUAAAGUUUUCAUUUUUGCACAAGUUGGUAUGGCCUUAAUUUUUUGGUUGAUUUGCUUAAAUUGUGUAUUGGCACAAAGUGCAUCUCUUCAUUUGCUUAUUGACAGAGUGCAUCGGAGUGCACUUCCAAUUGGUGAAGAAAAAAAAUGCAGAUCCUUAUUUUUAUGUUCCAAUACUAAAAUGUGGAAUUUUGCAUGAAUAGAAUUAAAAUGGCAGAUAUUUUUUGGCUUGUACAGAAAUGUGAGCAAUUUGAAGAAAAAAAGGAAUGUACCAUUUCUGCUAUAUCUGUAUAUAACACGAUAUUUAUUGAAAUAUGUCAUAAUGCUAAAUCUAAUUCUACUAUUAAAGGUUUUCUGAACUAAAAUAUCUCAA